GACUACUUCUGUCAAUCGUAUAAUACAUGGAUGUCAUGAAAAGCUUGAGUUGAUUUCAGUAUGCCGGUUGGAAAGUCCCUCGCCCUGAGCCAGAAUUCCUUCGUGGAGCCACCCACUCGUGAAUUCGAGCUGGAGGAGUCCGCCUCUCCGACACACGCCCGGCUCAAGCGCCAGGCCAAUCUUUACGAUGCCGUCGCCGGUCGAGUGAAUGCCCACGGGUUUAUUCCAUCCUUUCCCCACGCCUCCAAAUACCGCGACACCGCCUCCUCCAACCGCUGUCCCGUACGUCCAGAAGAAGUCCUCUUCCGCCGUCAAAACGCGCCCGACCGUUACGAGGAAACCGAUUUUUACUUCGCGCACGAGUCUCUCUCAUCAGAUCGGCCGCUACCGUCCUCCGACCUCCUCGAGGCCCUGCAUGCCUACGCUGCUGACUUCUACGAUUCCGCCGUCCCCGAUCGCGGGCGCCUUGACAUCCAGAGCUUGGACGAGACAGCGCUCCUUGCGACGGGUAUAUUGCUCGAGGAGAUGGCUAAGGAAUCGCUGGGCGAGACGGGAGAUAUGGUGCUUGUCGAGGGGGAGGAGGUUCUCUCCGAUGAUGACCUACCACCGGCGAGACUGAGAACUCUGCGCCGCAAGAGGUCCCGGUCGCGGGUGGGGAGUAUCUUGCCCAGUUCGGGGGAUGAUCUCGAUAGUGUGGUCAGAAGAAGGAGGUCGAAGAAGAGGCGGCUGGUGAGGGAGGCAUCGACGACCGAUUUUGAGCCCGAAGGAGCGAGAAUCUGAUCGGCAAGAACCCCGUCGGCUAUUAUCCGUUUUCUUUUUUACGAGGGGGCUUGUGAUCGGAUGACAUGGACGGGUGGCCAGGUCGUUGAUCAGUGGCUGCAGUUAUAGGCCUGGGCCAUGCCGUCUGAGACGUUGACUUGGAACCGGUCCCGAUAUUCCUGGCCCUUGCUCCCGAAUACACCCACGGACUGGCAAUUCGCUGAGGCUGGGCUCAGAAAUAGCUUAACUAUUUACGAGCGAGCGAACUCACGACGACGACGGUCUGAUAACCGGCACUACCCCCAUUCAGGCUAUCCAGGGACGCUCAGUCAACGAGAUACCACGCCAGGGCCCUUGCCGAGCCUCGCAGAUGGUCAGAUGAAUCAACCGCAUCCCACGACUAGCCCUCGUCUUAGCCUGUCAGGCUCUCGUUCCUCCAGUACUUCCACCAAUAUUCGCUGGGUAACCUCCCCGUUGGCUAUGGC